UAAAUAACAAACCGUUAAAUAAUACAAUUACGUCACUCAAAACCCGUUUCGUGCUGUUUCCAAAUGUAAGUCGUUUUAAAAAACUCGUAAAAUUAUCAGUAAUUGAUUUGUUCGUGACCGGGUCACGUCAUACGGUACCACACGCUUUUUGUCAAAAUGAUGCCUAAAUAAAUAUUCCGGCUCGGAAAAGUAUUAUCGGUGUAGAACUUACAGUAAAUUUUACAAGUCGUAGCUGUUUUGAGGUUAUGUUGACAAAUUUCCACAAUGGCAAAUAUAGUAGUGAGGAGGUAUUUGGGGCGAAAUUUAUUCAAGUUGAAGGAACCGACACACUUUAUCAACCACAGUCGAUGUGCAAGUGUUUUCGUCGUUAAUUUUAACCAGAGGAACGGCUCGCUAUUUAAUAACAACCCUCAAAAAUCAGUUUUUAUAAGACCGAGUCAAGUACAGUUUUUCUCAGACAAACCCAGCGACAAAUUUAAAAAUGAACAGCAGCUUACUUUAUUUCAAAAGUUUAAACAGAUGUAUAAAGAUUACUGGUAUGUUCUGGUGCCAGUUCAUCUAGUCACGUCAGCAGCAUGGUUUGGUGGAUUUUAUUAUUUAGCUAAAAGUGGUGUUGACGUCGCAGGUAUUUUAGAAUCAUGGAAUGUCAGUCCACGUAUUACAAGUCCUCUCAAAGAUUCCAGUAUGGGGUAUAUUGCUAUUUCAUAUGCCCUUUAUAAAAUAGCAACCCCUGCAAGGUAUACAGUCACUUUAGGAGGAACCACUGUUUCCAUUAAUUAUUUGAAAAAGUGGGGUUACAUCAAACCAGUUCCCAGUCCAGAAAAAUUGAAAGAAAUGUAUCUAGAAAAGAAGGACAACUUGAUGGAAACCAUGAGGGAAACCAGAGAUGGUUUGAAAGUGCAGUCAGAGAAACUGAAAGACACGAAAGAUCACAUUAUUGAUGAUUUGGACAAAGGUAUUCAACACAUCAAGGGAUUAGGUGAUAAAAUUAAAAGUAAGGAGGGAGAGGAUGAGGGGGUAACAAAAAAUAAGAAAAAAAAGUCUAAAGAAGAUAAGAGUUAACUUUUUGGAAUGUUUAUAGUGGAUAGGAUACAAAAUAUAUAUUUAUUUUGCAAGGCAAACUUCCUUUAUUAAUAAAAUAUUGUUUUAUUUUAA